GUAAAAAUAUCAAAUCAAUGUCCUUUAAUUACUUCAAUACACUUAAUCAUGUUUGGUGCUGAAUGAUGGGAAGAAAAAGGCGCAGGACCAGACCUUGGGUUGUCUUGCCACCAAACCAAUUAACUUAAUAAAAUGUCAUAGUGACAAAUGUAGGGGGGAUUUAUUUGGCUGGAGGCAGAUUUUAACAAAUGAGACAGGGGUCUGAUGACCUGAUUUUGUGUUGAAUGUGUCUUUUUAGAAAGUCAGAAGACAGUUGUUUUGAGUCACUUCAGCUCAGCCCCUCACUGUGGGUGUAGGCCCCGAAAAAGCCCAUCCUCCCACACACCGGCCCCUCGGAGUCAGCACUGGACCAAUAUAGGUUAUUAAUUGAUUAUUCGUUAUGAUGCCAUAUGGUGAUGAACUGAGUGUGCUCUGCUGUUUGUUUUUUGGGGGAUUUGCAGUUUUCCGUGAGGUGAAUAAAUCAUCUGCGCUGUCCGAGGUGCUGAAACUGUCCUCUGAGGCGUGUUGAUGCCAAAAUUUCACCGUCUUCGUCUCAGAUCUGCUCGUCUUCUGGAGCCAUAUGCAGCAAUGAGUGGAGAAAGAGACGUGGCAGAUAUUGGGCGUGAGACUUCCACACAUCCUGGAUGCAAGCUCCCCAAGAUGUAGUGUUUUUUUUUUUUUUUUAGCUAUAAGGGCAGCAAACACAUUGUUAACGAUGUUAUCUUUCUUUAUUGCUCACUAGUAAAAUGAUUAAAUUAAAUGUGGUCUCACAUAGACUCGGAUGUGGAGCCAACUAACGCCCGUGUAAUCCUUAAAUCCUGGAGGGAUAGAAUGAAAAUGUCUCAGCAAUUGAUAAUAAGGCUAGUUAUCUGAGUUAUGGGUGAUCUCAAAUGUUACACAGUGUGGAUUUAGAGGUUCUUGUUACCAACUGUUCUUUGCAGUCUGAUUGCGCCAGUGCUGGCACACAAGCGCUCUUGUUUUUGUGGUGUAUAGAGAACUUCUGGCGGCGUGCUUUAGUAGAGCCGGUCUGCAUUGCGUCGAAACCCUCCAACUCCUCCUCCUCCUUCUCCCGCUGCCCUCCCCCCCUCCUCUCCUCUCCUCUCCCCACCUCUCUCUUCCCUCACCUCCCCUGCACUUGCAUGUAAAAAAUGCACAGUAAAACUUGCUUGACAUUGUGGAGAAAACAUUUGGACCUCGCCGCUGCACCCGACUGUCUCUCAACUAUCCAUUUUGAUUUUUUUUUUUUUGCUCCGAGCCGAGCUGAAGCACAUUUCAGCCCGUCAUCUUGUCUACUCGCAACAAAAAAAAAAGCAAAAAAAAAAAGCAGCAGAUUCUUGCUGAUGCAGUGAUGUCUGGAAAUGGCAAGGGCUCGCUUAUUGCCCCUUACAGUAUCUCCCCCCCUGAAUUGCAGCGCAAGAUUUUCUCCUGCGGUACACUGUAAGCUGUUCACACCACCUUGCCGCGGCGCAAGCAACUACCGACGCUACAGCUUUUCCAUCUCAGGCUUUCUUCUGUAGACUCACCUGAUUUUCACCCUGUUUCAUCUCAUCUUGGUUCACCACCUAAAGGCGUGAUUAGACCUUAUUUGAGUGCACUUUUGAGGCGGACACAGUUGGGAUAGCGAAUACCACAGCGAGGCUCUAGGCUUCUUCUUUUUUUGUGAUAGGUGCAAUGUAAAGUUGCCACAUGACACCCACUGAUGCCCCGCCGUUGGAUGAUUUUACUCGAGGAUAAGACGCAUUCAAGUCCUUCCAAGAUCAACCCACGGUAAGCCUCGAAACUGCUGACUUGUACAACAGAUUUCGGUUAGAUUAAUUGUUUUUUAUCGACAGCUGCGGUCCAUGGGAAGAUGCUAGACAAAUACUAGAGUGAUUUUCUAUUUCGCAGAGGCAUCUUUUUCCCCGCAAUGGGCCCGUAGGUUGUAUGCAUGUACAAACAUCAGUUGGUAUACUAUCAGUAUCAAAUGUUAUGCGUCACAUCAUAAUUCAGGCUAGUUAGAGUGGCGUUAAAUGGAUCACUGCCAUGCACCUUUAAAAAACAGGAACCACUGCAUUUCUAUGUUAAACUAAAGUAAACACCUGGACAGAAAUAUCAUAUGAGUAUAACAUAGGAACGGGAUAAAGAAAUCACCUGGAAUCACCUAUAGGAAUUUUAAUGUAGGAUGUAGAAAAUACCAUGUAGUUCAAGAAGAUCAUUAUAUACUCACUAAGGGCUACAACAGAGAGUUUGUAAAUGGUUAUAUUGUAGAAAUGUAAUUGAAAUUCCUUCUUGGGGUAGUGUUUUUUUUUACCUUUACUACUGGAUAGCAGCAUUAAUUGCAGGCGGAGAGAAGAAAAUAAAUAAAUAAACUGCAGAAAAUGCUGAGCCAGCAAAUAUCUUGGCUGUUUGAUCCCAUUAUUUUCUCCUCCCCUCUCUCUUUCUCUCUCUCCCUCUCUCUCUCUCUCUCUCUGGGUGACAGAGGCAGCAGUAACAACAGCAGCAGAUGCACCGGAGAACAGCAAUGGUCAAGUCAGCGAGAACCGCAGUGGAGCCGCACUGAGGCAAAGCAGCCAACCAGCCCCCUCGUAUCUGGGGACGUCUCCAACAAUUUAAGGGGUGUGGGAAGCUGAGGAGUGGAAAAUUUUCCCCGAACCUGAAUGCCUGCUCAGUCAGACUAACCAACAUCCCAACACAACUCCUCCUCCACCUCCUCCUCCUCCACCCAAAAUGACCGUGGUAGCAGGAGAUAACAUGGACGAGACCUCGGCUGUACCUGGCCACCCUCAGGACACCUACCCCCCAGAUCACAAUGACCAUGAAUGCUGUGAGAGGGUGGUCAUCAAUAUAGCCGGCCUCCGGUUUGAGACACAGUUGAAAACCCUCUCCCAGUUUCCAGAAACGUUGCUGGGCAACCCCAAAAAGCGGAUGCGGUACUUUGACCCUCUGAGAAAUGAGUACUUCUUCGACAGAAACCGGCCCAGCUUUGAUGCCAUCCUCUAUUACUACCAGUCUGGGGGUCGGCUGAGAAGACCAGUGAAUGUCCCUUUGGAUAUGUUCUCAGAAGAGAUCAAAUUUUACGAGCUGGGAGUGGACGCAAUGGAGAAGUUUCGUGAGGAUGAGGGUUUCAUCAGGGAGGAAGAGCGCCCUUUACCUGAGAAGGAGUUCCAGCGUCAGAUUUGGCUCCUCUUUGAGCACCCAGAAAGCUCAGGCACUGCGAGAGGCAUUGCCAUAGUGUCUGUGAUGGUAAUCCUGAUUUCAAUAGUAAUAUUUUGUUUAGAGACUUUACCACAGCUGAAAGAGGACCCAAUGGGUCGAAUGGUGACAGUUGGGAACACUACUGUCUAUUACAAGCCAAAUAUCCUCACUGACCCCUUCUUCCUCAUUGAGACACUCUGUAUAAUCUGGUUCUCCUUUGAGUUGAUAGUACGCUUUCUGGCGUGCCCAAGCAAACCGGCCUUCUUCAAGAACAUGAUGAACAUGAUCGACAUAGUGGCUAUCAUCCCCUACUUUAUUACACUUGGCACCGAGCUGGCUGAAGACCCAGAAAAGGAGGGAGUGGGGGAGCAGGCAACAUCUCUGGCCAUACUCAGGGUGAUCCGUCUGGUCAGGGUGUUUCGGAUUUUCAAGCUGUCACGACACUCCAAAGGACUGCAGAUUUUGGGGCAGACACUCAAGGCCAGCAUGCGAGAGCUCGGAUUGCUGAUCUUCUUUCUGUUCAUUGGAGUCAUCUUGUUCUCCAGCGCUGUCUACUUUGCUGAGGCAGAGGAGCAAGGAUCCUACUUUGGCAGCAUCCCGGAUGCAUUUUGGUGGGCUGUUGUGUCUAUGACAACUGUGGGCUAUGGGGACAUGGUCCCAGUCACUAUAGGAGGCAAGAUUGUAGGAUCUCUGUGUGCCAUCGCCGGAGUGUUGACAAUUGCGCUCCCAGUGCCUGUCAUUGUGUCCAACUUCAACUACUUCUACCACAGGGAGACCGAGGGAGAAGAGCAGGCCCAGUUGCUCAACGUCAGCAAUCCCAACAUCCCUUCUGAAACCAACUCCAGCCGCCGUAGUUCAUCCACCGUUAGCAAGUCAGAGUACAUGGAGAUUGAUGGAGACAUAAACAAUAGCAUCGACAACUUUAGGGAGGCGAACCUCAGAACUGGCAAUUGCACUAUAGCCAACCAAAACUGUGUAAAUAAAAGCAAGCUGCUUACAGAUGUUUAGACACUAGUUAGGAACUUUGGGACCUCUAUGAGACUGUCAUAUGUGGAGUAGACCAUCAGUAAGGAAUGCUUCAUUUACCUCCCCAAAGCACUCUCUGGCAUUAGGCCUACAAUAUCCUCAGCUAUAUAGAAAGGAAACAGAAAAAACAAAGCUCUUAGAGUAUAUGAGAGGUAGAUAGAAUAAUUAAUUCUUCUGAGCCUACAAAUAUGUAGGUACAUCAAAAAGAAAACAAAUGAUGACGCAUAUUCACGGCUCCCUGGAGGACGCAGAGCACACACUGUCUUAUCAGAUGACAGUGUGAUAAUUUAAAUCUUAUGCAUGGAGUACAGAUAACAUUUCAGCAAGUUGCACAAUGCACCAGAAAAGUCUGCAGAGACAUGCAAGCAUCUGCAGCCAAGUGGUAAGCGCCAAGAAGUUAGGUGACCCCCGCUCCUCCCUCUCCCUCCCUUCUCCUUUCCCUACAAAGGAUCUACUAUUCAGCAAAGCACCUUAUAGGAGGAAGACUGAUCUCUCUUGUUUGGAUGUAAACAGAUGGUGAUCUACACGCUUCAUGGACAUCCGCAAUGCUGCUGUUUUCCAGCAGAUGCUGUAAUUCUGAUAUCACCAAGUGAUUCAAUGCCAUGCCCUUUAGAUGCAACACAGCACAAUGAUAAAGUGAGCUUCACACGAGCAUGAUUAGAGACUUUCCAUUUUGAUAUCGGCAUGCAUGGGACAUAUCUCACAUAAUGGAAAGGAUGUUCUUUUGGAUACCUGCCUCCAUCCACCCCGUCUCAUCUGUUUUCAUACUGAGUGCACUGGAUGAGUUUUUAAUUUGAAAUGCUAAUAAUUUAGAAGUAUAGAAAUUGAAUGUUAAAUCUUACGGGAACAGUACAUAAAUGAGAUCAUAGCAUGAAAAAAGUAACCUGCAUUAUGGUCUAUCGACUAAGGUACUUUUGUAUCCUGGUAUAUUUAAUGCAUGACAUGACUAUACAGCUUGUUGCAAUUCAGGCACUCUGCAGUGCCCUAUUGUCAGGGAAACUAAAGGAAAUCAAAUUCUGGAUGUUUCUGAAUUGCGAUCAAAUAUAUCCAAACCCACCUUGAGGAUGCAGAGUUUCUAAUUUAAAAGUAGUCAAAGAAACUGAAUAAAUAUUAUUAAAAAUGCAUAUAAGCAUAGUAAGCACCAAUUACAAUAUUACAUCAAUAGUGCAGUGCAUGGACCUUCUUUGAACAAGAGAUGUUAACAUAUCAUAAGUCAUGCUUCCAUUUCCACAUCAAAUUUGAGUUCAUAUUGGUUUGGAAUCCACAGAAAAAAAGGUUCAAUACCAAAUGUCACUUCAUAUUACAGCCAGUUAUUCUGACAUUAGUUGCUAGUGCCUUUAUCCCUUUCACCAACAGGACCAGUGAAAGUGCCUCUGUGUACAAUGUGAUUUGUUAGGUUGAGAAAAGCUGGUUUACCUUCUGUUCUCGUGUUGAUACACUGUUGGUUAUGAUGUUAAUGAUGCCAGAUGAGCAAGGUUGAAACAGCAGGUGAUUGCGGUCAAAAAAAAGAAGAGGAGAUAAUCCAUGGCUGUUAUGCACAACUCAGUUUUCAUUCUGUCACGCACCUAAUUAUGCCCUUAAGCAGCAAUGUAUUGUACUCUGCAUGUUUACCAAUCCAAUUCAAAAGGGAAUAUCCAUAGGUUUUAAACAUGUUUAUUUAUAUUUGUUGUUUAUGUUUGUGCACCAUGCAUCCUUUCAGGGUCUCUACCUCAGUGAGGUCAUUGCAAACUUGCUGCAGAGCUGCAAGCUUCAAUGCAGGGCUUCCUAUAUACCAUAAUGCAAAAUGGAACCUUAAGUGUAAACUGCAGUCAUGCAACAUUGAAUGUGAGAGUCCCAAAGCAUAGCCUUUACACAAGCACUUAGGGCAAAUAGUGUACCACAAUCCCGCUCCUUUUUUUCACUUAAAGCUACGCACAAUCAGAACCUUCAUUUGUAGAGAGUUUGUAGAGAUUGAUUGACUCUCCUAAUGGGAUGAGAUUUUAUAUGUUAGUUUCUUUGAAACAACGGUAUCUUAAGUUACUGUUGUGUCACAGAAACACACUUGAAUGUGUUUCAACACACAUGUAUAAUAAGGUGGACGACGUUUGUUUUAAAUCUGCCAUCCUGCAAUCUGUGGGCAUUAUGACGCACAGCAAAGUGCAGCCCAUCUUUUUGCACAAACAUUUUGUUCUGUUGCUUAAACCUUUUUUUUUUCUUUUUUUUUUGCUUGUGAGAAUGUUCUUUCUUUUUCACUGUGCUUGCUCCCGAGUAGUGCAUUGUUUCUCAGCAUACUAUUCCAGACAGGCUAACUGCAGAUAGAUUUGGAUAAAUUAUAAUGACUACUUGAAAAUCUCCAGCUACUGUACAUCAAUCUAUACCAGUACUAAGUAUAAGUCACCCAAAUGACAGUAAGAUUUUGUACUGUACUGUACACGUUUUUUUUUUAAAUUUUGUUUGGCACUGUCCUGACAAGGUCCUGUAAAAAAAAAUCCACUGCAGUGCUACUUGAAUGUCAUAGUUGUUUCUGUUGGUGCAAUGGCUAUUCUUUGUGGUGCUAGUACAGGACUACUAUUGCUGUCUUGUUACCAUCACACGUUAUCUGAAGCAUCAGCUGAAGCAAGCCUUCGUUAAUUGUUUGGGACAAGACUUUUUCCAUUCUUUGAUUCUUGUUCCUGUUUUGUUAUUGGUGGCUGGUUGGUUAGUUCAGGGCACUGUUUGUCAUUUUAUUUGGAACUGAUCUUUGUACUGUACUGCUGAAGAGUGUCUGCCUCAGGCGAGGUAAAAAUUCAAGAGCCUUGCUAGAUGUCAGUAAUUUAUCAUGAGAGCAAAAAAGAUACACAUUUGUGUCAGGGAUCUUUAGUUUGUAUAGGGUUUCGCAUACAAAAGGCACCAAUAAUACCCAAUACCAUACAUUAUAUAACUAUAUAUAGAAUGAUAUAAGAAAAUUAUAGUAGUCUCAUAAAUGCAGCUAUCAGGAAAUUGUUCGCUUUGUUCCCAAGUUUCUCGUACGAUUGAUGCUUGAAAGUAGCGAUAUGUUUAACAUGUCCUACAGGAAACAGCUGAGAGUGAGGUGAAGAAAAUAUAAAUGAUACCCCUCACAUUAGCAGUGCUGUUGCUACUUUUGCUGUGAGGUCAUGUAUGGAUGGUGCUAUGCAUUCAAUUACCCAACAGAAACAUGUAUUCUUAACAGCAAUAGAAUAACAGAUUGCCUGUUUCUUAGAUGCUUUUUGUAAAAAAUAGUAAAACAAAUCUAUUUUGAAUGUCAGAGAAGCUGCGAUCACUUGACAGAUAACUCACAACAGGGCUGUUUAUGUACCAACCUCUUACCCUCUGUUCUGUGACUUUGUAAGGUCAGUGGGGUCAAACGUAGAGGCUGACAUUUUAUUGAAAGAAACCCGUGAAAAAUCCAAAUAUAGGCUUUGUAAUAGUGGCAGUCCCCAUUAACCACCCAGAUCUGACUGAAGUUGUUUUGCAGUCAGGAACAAAGGCUGGUUCAGUUGAACCUAUAACACAGUCCCAAAGGGACAGCCCAUAAUGCACUUAGAGAGGAUCUAUCAUCAGUUCACUGGACUGAUCAGCUGUGUGAGAGAAAGUCAGAGAAGGUGCCUAAAAUGUUUUACAUAUUCAUUUGUCUAGCUUACUGUUAGAUGUUAUGCUUCUGCAAACAAACACGAGUGAAAAGAUCUUUAAAAAAACCUGAUGACAUUAACCCAAUUAAACUAUAAGAUGAAAUGUCAUGAGGACAAAAUGCAAUUUAGCUACAAUAAGAAUUAACCACUAUAUACUGCAAUUACUUAUGAAAAACAAUUUUAAUGUGUGUUUUUUAUUUUCCUUUUUUUGUUGUUGAUGGCACUGUACCAUGACUGAUUUAGGAAGAACAUGCCAUAUACUGGAAUAUCAAAGACAAUAUGUUCGUCUGGCAAGCCAUGAUAAUGAAACUACUGUAUUAUGAUCAAUUGCUAUACACUAAAUGAUAUGGACAAGAAGUGUACUAUUAUUAAAAAAAAAACUAUAUGGUUUGUCUUUUUGGUUUCAAGAAAAAAAACAAAAAAACAGGAUUCAUUCAAACACCAUGUUCACAUUUUUCUCCACUGCUGAACCUACUGCUAUAAUGUAUCUCUACAGAAACCUAGUAAUCGCAAAAAACUGCAUGGUCGAUGGAAGACUGCAUGAGUUUUGCCUUUCAAACUGUGGAUCAACUAUAAUACAGUUGCAUCAUUUAAAAAAAGAAACCCUUGCUUUCAUCUGCACCAAGGCUUCCUGUAAGGCCCUGUUCAGAAGUUGUCUUGAGACAUGUCCUCUGCUGGAUCUCUAAAAAAAAAAGCACCUUAGCGCUGACCUCAUCACUAAGACGGCAUUGGGUGUUCGAGCCGUUCUCAGCGUCUGUGUGAUUUUCAGGUUGUGCUUGCUAGGCUCUGAAUGUGAGCAAGGACAUUAAGGGCUAGUUUCUCAAACUUUAUCUCUAUUCUAGGACUGAAACGCUCUUUCAAGUGACAUUUUGCCCAAUCUUAUCUCAGUCUAGACUGUAGUGAUACUGUGUUGUGGGAAACAUGCCCAUCAUGUCUAAGCAGGGCCUGUGCCGCACACCCUCCUCUGUACUACAUUGGUUUUAAGGCAUUCUUGUUUGCGAAAGGUCUUGAUAUCGGACUGCUUUCUGCCUGCUGAGGAGGCACUGAACAGGAUCAAAUGUUGGGAUGUUGUGUACCUCACUCGCCAAAGGUGAUCAUUGAUGAGAAGAUCUUGUCUGUGUUAGAAGUGUGAUGGCUAUGAGUUUGUCUUUUCUGUGAAGAAUGCACAUUUAAUUUCUAGUAGGGAAGUUUUGGAGCAAAGUGCAAAAAGGACUGUUGAACUCUUCUGCUCUUCUUUUCAUCCACAAGCAAACCAAACUCUGAUUGUGUUUCUAAUCCAGCCGUCAUUGUCACGUUGUGUUUACCAAGGAUUAUGCUACAAUGUGUUCAGUUUGUCAGAUGUGAUCUAUGCAAGGGUUAUUUGUUUUUAUUCUUAUAUCACUUAUGAUUUCACCUUACAUUAACUUCAAUAAAUUUUUAAGGAUCUGAUGGUGUAUGCUCAUUUCAGCUUGGGAUGGGGGUGUAUAUCUGCACUGUGGACUGCACAAAAAGCUACAUAAAUAAAACCAUCUUGUACA